GGUGUUGCGGUGUGUAGGUGCUGAAGAAAUGUUCGCAAACUCGCGUCGACAUAACCCGAUGUCGAUGCGGCCGAAAUUCUUCCGGGAAAUCGCUCGAAAAUCCUAAAAUGCCGUUAACGGCCAAAGAAUUCUGUGAUUCAGUGAGUUCGCGGUGUCGCUGGGCUUUACAAUGUUGAUGCAAGAAGUUGUGUGCGGUGUUGUGCUCGUGUUCACCUCUUGUAUUGUAUACCUGUCUGCUUCACCGUUAGACCCCGUGCGGCAUAUGAAAGAUUUCGAUUUGAACUCGUGGAUAAAAUAUUACGAGCCGGCCCAUUACGAUCCUCGUUCUUUGGUCGUCCAACACAAUCGUAUCCGGAGAAGUGUCGGUCAACAACAGCCGCACCACGUCCAAUUAGACAUUAAGGGACACAACCGGUUGUUCAAGAUACGACUGAUUCCGGAUAAGGACGUGUUCGCUGAAGACGUAACGUUUGAAUCCACGAGGGGACCUAUUCAUUUCGAUCCGAAAUUCGUUUAUACUGGAACUUUAGAAGAUGACGAAUCGGCAUCUGUACAGGGCAUCAUCACGAAAGAUGGACUAUUCGAAGGCACGAUUUCCACAGUUAUCGAGGAUUACCACGUAGAACCCGUUAGUCGUUACCUCUCACCGAACGAAACGAAACAACCCUCUUCAUUUCACUCCAUCGUGUACAAAUCGUCGGACGUUCGAGAUCUACGCAAGGGUGUUCCGUGCGCCUCCCAGCGCUUGCAUUUAAACAAUUUGGACGAAAACACGCUAGAUAAAGAAAAUCAUUCAGAGCGUAGGAGCAAAAGAUGGCUGCUAGAGGCCGAAGCGAAACUCCCUUACGAUGACUCCACUUUCUGGCAUCCGAAUAAAACGAAACAUUCUUUUUCGCCACCGUUCGAUCUAAAUCAGCCUAUUGAUGAAGAGCUCGACUUGAUUACUACUAAUAGAACUAAUGUCGACAUCUCGGGUCUUAUUUUUCGUAACGUUAAUAAAAGAGCCACCAUCGAUCCGAAGAAGACGACGUGCAUGCUGUACCUGCAGGCUGACCACCAGUUUUUUCAAAAGUUCGGCACUGAGGAGGCCUGCAUUGAAGUUAUGACGAGGCAUGUCCAAAGGGUGAAUGCCAUUUAUAAAGCUACAGAUUUCAACCAGGACGGCAAAUCGGACAAUAUAACUUUUAUGGUGAAGCGAAUUAAAGUGCAUACAACUGACGCUCUAAGGGAUCCCCUCUACAGAUUUCCCAACAAUUAUGGCGUCGAGAAGUUUCUUGAACUUUUCUCAGAGGAAGACUACGAUGCGUUCUGUUUAGCCUAUAUGUUUACUUACCGCGAUUUCGAAAUGGGAACACUAGGAUUGGCAUGGACUGGUGAUUUGAAAAACGCAGGGGGUGUCUGCGAGAAAAACGGGCAUUAUAGAGGCAGCAUGAAAUCAUUAAAUACAGGAAUCGUCACGUUACUCAACUACGGAAAACACGUACCGCCUGCGGUAUCUCAUGUAACUCUCGCUCACGAGAUUGGACAUAAUUUUGGAUCACCGCACGACCCGGAACAGUGCACCCCCGGUGGUGAAGAUGGUAACUUCAUUAUGUUUGCGAGGGCGACGUCUGGUGACAAGAAAAACAAUAAUCAGUUUUCCCCUUGCAGCCUGAAGAGCAUUAACCCAGUACUUAAUUUUAAAGCGCGCUCACCAAAAGGAUGUUUUACAGAACCGCAAGCCUCUCUUUGUGGAAACGGUGUCGUGGAGGAGGGGGAGGAAUGCGAUUGUGGUUGGGAGGAGGACUGCAGAGACCAGUGCUGCUUCCCGCAAAGGAGAUAUCCGCCUCUAGAUGAACCGCCUUGCCGCCUUACUCCUAGAAGUAUAUGCAGUCCCUCACAGGGACCUUGCUGUACAUCCGACUGUCAAGUGAAAUUUGGCGACAAAUGCAGGGAUGACAACGGUUGCAGGGAUGAAAGUUUCUGUAACGGCCGCAACCCGCAAUGUCCUCCCUCAGUCAACAAGCCGAACAAGACGAUUUGUAAUAAAGAGUUUGUUUGUUUCAUGGGCGAAUGCACUGGUUCCAUUUGUUUGGCGUAUGGCCUGGAAUCCUGCCAAUGUAUUCCGAAGAAGGGUGACCCAAAAACUAAAGCAUGCGAGUUAUGCUGUAAGCACUCAGGAGAUGAUAAACCGUGUCUUUCUUCGUUUGAUUGGAAUAACAUGCCAUAUGACGUACCGGACAUGUACUCGAAACCUGGAACGCCUUGUAACGAUUACAGCGGUUACUGCGACGUGUUCCAGAUGUGUAGGGAAGUUGAUCCUUCGGGACCUUUAGCUACUUUGAGAAAGUUACUUCUGUCUGAGGAGAGUUUCGCCAGUUUUAAGAAGUGGAUGAUGGACUACUGGUAUGCUGUGGCCGCUAUCAUCGCACUAGUAAUUGCCCUACUGGUAUUAAGCACCAAAUAUCUUAGCAAGAGACCCAACUUAAAACUGAAGUCUGUUACAAUAAUCCACGGUUCACCAACCGAAGCCGUCAGACUUCCUCCCGACGGAGACAAUGGUCAAGUCACAGUGCACCCAGCAGUAAGAUCAAAACUACCUCUAAAACGUAAAGUACGAAACGGCAAAGUCAAAAGGAAACGCAAAGUAAAAGAAUCAAUCAACAACAACGUAAACAGCCCAAGCCGAAGCAAGAACUCACCUAAGAAAAAGAAACGAGUAUCGGCUCCAGUCGGUGCAGAAGAAAGCAGGAAGAAACCCGUCGACGCUACAGUUAUCGAAAUACCUCACAGUAAAGUGAAAAAGUCUCCUCAAAUCACCGCCAACAACAAAAAGAAAAAGAGGAAGAAGGAAAUCAUCGACUACAGUAACGUUCAGGCGGAUGCCGAUGGCAAGAAGGGAUUAAUUAGCGCCGAGGUGCUCCAUAAUCCUCUAACACCUGAAGCCGACCCGGUCGGGAAAGUGCAAAAUUGGCUGCUGAAGUCCCAGUACGCUUUACCCAAGUCCAAGUCCACCCCGGCGGGAUUGACCGACAAGUCCCGAAGGAGCCCUCACAAGCGUCCCACUAUUAGGCCCCGAACUGAUAAGAGCAAGUCGCACAGUGUGGGCAACAUUCCGAACGAGAAAGAGAAAGUUCGAUUACAAGUGGUGUAUAAACCGCCGUUUAAAUUUAGUGUUAAGUUGCGCAAACCGGAAAAAACUAGUGUGGUCAUCGAACGCGUCGAUGCCAACAGAAAGACUGAAAAAAAUAAAGUCCCUAGGACAGGUGUGCUUGUGCGUACUGUGAAACAGCGUGAGCCGAAGCCGAGUAAUAAAACGAGUGUUGAUAAUCCAGCUGUCGCGAUAGACGCAGCUCCCGUAGCUAGUCCGAUGCAGGUUGUUGAUUCUCCCGCUACUAAACCUGAUGAUAUUGAUUCCAAUAUUCAUACCGUCCAGUCUGAUUUAGAAGUAUUGUUGUCUGAAAGCGAAUUUCUAUUUUCAGAUGACUGAUAUUACAUUUUGCAAUGACCCAAAUUGACUUGUUUAAGGCUGUGGAAACAAACAUUCCGCACUCUCAGAGCUGCUUAAUAUUAAGUUUUUAUUCAGGUUGACACCAUUCUGCAAUGAAACUUUACUAAAAUUGGGUUUUUAUUUCACGGAAAAGUGCCUUUUGACAGUGAUUGGAAUAAACUAAAUUGAACCCAAUUUUGAAAAUAGAGUGAAAAUAUUGACCAAUAGGCUACAGAUUGAAAAAUAUACUCAUAAAAGUUUGCUGUGUAGGCAGAAAUGAUUUCAUUCUCGUUCAGGUUGAGAUUAAAGAAACAACUGUCUCUAGUAAGAGGAAUGCGUAAUAUUUAUUUUCAACGUGUUAAAUUCGAACAUGCCUUUUUGGUAAUUAAUUUAUAGUCAAAACAAUAUGGAUAGAAUAUUCCCAGUAGAAACGAGUGCAUACUUAAAAACUCGGAGAUUACAGGAAUUUAUAUAAGUUAUUUUAGCGUCUUAUGGAGAUGCAUAUAUUAGCAAUAUUCUAAAGUCUUGGACAUUAGUGAGAUUUAUGUAGCGUAAAAUUGCGUAAAUUUAAAAUUCUAUACAUUAAAAUGAGUGUAGUACCCAAUGAAACACCUAUUUCUAAAAUGUAAUGGAAAGUUUGUACUUUUAAUGAUAUCCACAUGAUACAUAGCCCAAAUAUACAAACAUCUGGUCACACACUAUACAACUUAAUUUAAAAUGGUCCCAGGUAAUAUAUACUUAGGAAUGCAUGUAGGUUUUAACCAAAACAAAAUAUUAUAGGUUAGAGAGAACCAGAAAACCCAUAUUAAAACCUUUGUAGGAUACAAGCAGUAUAAAUCAAUGUAUGAAGAUU